UCACAAGUUUACGUCUUUCCUUCUUCAACAAUGAAAGCAUCCUUGAUCUCUAGCCCUGUGCUUCCUGCUAGGCGGUUUUCGAUCCACCCUCCUUGCCGGAUACGAUCACUUGGACGUGUAAACAUGGAAGUUAGCGCAAGCAGGAAAGCGGAUGACCGAUAUUAUGAUGACCGAUAUUAUGACGGGAGGCUUGUGGACAAGAAUAUAAUAGUCCUAAGAAUGCGCAUUAAGGAGAUGAAAAUGAUGGAAACAAGCCACGAACCACCUUCAGAUUGGAUGGAGUGGGAGAAGAAGUACUAUGAACAUUACUACGAGGAUGUCUGUGAAGCUGUAGGGUUGUUACAGUCCUAUUUGAUGAAUACUAGGCCAUCUUUGGCGUUGGGGAUGGCGGCUCUCGUUGCGUUGAGUGUGCUCAUUUCAACUUUUGUGGUGAUGCUCAAUGUUAUAGAGAUAGCUAAGGGUGUUUUUUCUUUUGUUUCAUUUAGCUAG